AUGCCCCUUCCAUCCUUCGGUAGCCGCUGCAGCCCGGCACCGGUCCCUCCCGCUCAUAAUCCUCGACGCUGGACAGCCAGUAUCGGACGGGCCGCUCCAUACUGCACCAUGUUCAGGCGGCGAGGCAGAGGAUGCCCAGUGACCGGGACGACGACAAUGCUGCUGCUGCUGGGCUACCUGGGCUACCUGGCGCUGGGCACAGCCGUGUUCUGGGCCCUGGAGGGCGGCGCCCAGCGCCAGGCUGGACAGAGUCUGCAGCUGGACCGCUGGGCCCUUCUACGCAACCACACCUGUCUGGAUCCCGCAGCACUGGACAAGCUCAUCAAGGGUAUCGUCCGGGCUUACAAGAGCGGCAUCAUCCUGCAAGGCAACAAAACCAACAUGGGUCGCUGGGAACUGGUCGGCUCCUUCUUCUUCUCUGUCUCCACCAUCACCACCAUCGGCUACGGGAAUCUGAGCCCCAACAUGGCCAAUACCCGCCUCUUCUGCAUCUUCUUCGCCUUCCUGGGCAUCCCCCUGCACCUGAUCCUGCUCAACCAUCUGGGCUGGCUCAUGCUAGCUGGGGUGCAACAGUCUGCCCAGGGACUCAACAGGCACUGGAGGCUGGGCCAGGACCCAAGAUUGACCAAGCGCCUGGCUCAGUCCUGCGCCUUGCUGAGCGGCUUUCUGUUCUUCUUCCUGCUGCCCCCUCUGCUCUUCUGUCACAUGGAAGGCUGGAGCUACGAGGAAGGGUUUUACUUCUCCUUCAUCACCCUGAGCACCAUCGGCUUUGGCGACUACAUCGUUGGGAUGAACCCGGAGCGAGAAUACCCCAUCUGGUAUAAGAAUGUGGUGUCUCUCUGGAUCCUCUUCGGCAUGGCCUGGCUGUCGUUGGUCAUCAAUCUCUGCAUUCACCGGCUGGCCGGCUCGGGGGCUUCCUGCUUGACCUGUGGCGGGAGGCGGGGCCCGAGGAGGGGCAAGAUGGGGCUGACCGAGCCCCCCGGGUCCAGUGUCUCCCACAGAGUCUCACAGACGCCGGAGGCCGAGGCGAGCAGAGAGGAGAAGUGUUGA